AUGAAGUCUGAGUUUAAUCACAAAAGCAAAUGCGAUAUUACCCUCUUGUGUGCGGCUUUCGUAAUAAGAGGAGCGGAAGUUACAAAAAAACCCAUAUCAAAAGCCAAACGAUCAGUCCUAACCUCAAAAUUACACCCUAUUCAUUCUUACGACGACCUUACCGACAAUGAAAGCAACCUGGCAAAGGGGAAUCCCUGGUACUUUAACCCUAAUAGCGACUCUAGACCUAAGAUGGCGCCUCGCGUCAACGACUACCAGCCCGCGGACGAAUCUCUGGCGAAAGCCAAACGGGACUACCAACUUUACCCACUGGCGAAAGAAUUGUACAUUCUGAGGAACCACCCAGCGUUCCGAGAGGUCAAAAAUCGGGAUGUUAGGCGCAUGAGCCCAACAUCGGCGAUUUUGGGCUUCAAAGCUCAUUUGCAUCAUGAUGUUGGUGACAUUGGAAGAUCUUUUGUCCACAGGCCAACGAAGAAGGACCUGGAGAACGAGGAGUACCAGAAUCCACUCCAGCUUCUAGACGAUGCUGAUGAUCAGGACGUAAAUCAGUUGCCUGUUCAGAUGCUGGAUGACGUUGAUAAGGUAGACCGCGGACCAAUUCGCAGACAAUAUUCAGAUCUGGGCUACGACGAAGGCUACCUGGACAAGGACCAGAUGGAACACUACCUAACUAUGAAUCGAAAGCCGUUAGUGUUCGAUAAAAGCUUCCGAAGAUACUUUAACUCUGAUCAGCUUGAUAAUCUGGACUAUUUAGAUAAGUAUUCCAAGGCGAUGGAUCGACUGGGACGCAACUCCCUGGUGUUGGAUGAUGCGGCGAAUGGAGGUACAUCAAGGGAUGGAGUGGAUAAUGGUGAAGUUAGAUCCAAGUCACUGGCGAUGGCGAUUGAGCCGCUGAAUGGACAACUUCAGCAGCUGGUGGAUUCGGUCCAGCAGAUCAACGAGCAGCUGAGGGAGCAGGAAAAGCGAGAAGUUAAGGGCAAGGAAUCCAGGAGGAAGCGGCAAGUUUCUGAUGAUGACUGCAAAGAUUACAUCAACGUUGAAGCGGAUGUUAAACAUCCGUUGGAGCAGACGGUGACUUGCACUUGCUACCGGGUUGAAGAAACUAGUCCAGGUGGUAGUACUAAAUCUGUUCCUGGUGCUCCUUCUACAACGCAAGCUACUACGGGUAUAGACGCGAUUUUAGGAGGAAUCAACUCGAUAUUGCCGAGUACUUUUAGCCCUGAGACAUCUACCAGUUGUCCGGUGAUACAAAAUGUUCAUGUUGAAGAAGUAAUGGACGCUGGUGGAAGAACUAACUGUUCUUACAGAUUCUUGAGAACUAAUGAUGUGAAAUUGUUGGAAAUGCUGUUACCGGUUGUAAUGAUUCAGAACGUGACGGCAGAGGGCAUCAUGGUGAAAGUUCCUAGUCGCAGAGAGAGGUUCGUCAGUCUGGAGGCUGGAAAUAUUGACGAGAGCCUCAAGAAAUUGGGAAAGGAACGGCGUUGGGGUUUGAAAUUAAAGAACCGGCUUAAGAACGCUGACAAUAAGAGAUGGAGCAUCAGGCUGAAUUUACCAGGUAUUGAACAGCUUAAAAAUUCGGUUAAAAGGAAGGCUGAGGAGAAACAGAGUGAUGGAGAACUGUUGAAUACGUACUUGGAGAUGCUGGACAAGGAAGAGGAGCAAGAGAUGGAGGAUUAUGAGGAAGGAAAGAAGGAAAAAAGGUCGCCGGAGGGUAAAAGCGAGAAGAAAUUGAGUGGAAGUCAAAGUCAGGUGGUCAAAGUUGGAAGACGGCUGAUGGCGGUGGAAGAAGAUGAGGAGGAAGAAGAUAAAGAAAAAGAAGAAAAGAAAAAGGAAAAUAAGAUUCCUAUUGGUUUGGCUAUUUUGAAAAUCAGCGAUGUAACGAUUCCAGAUCCUUUUGAUCUAUUGAAGAAGAGUGAGACUAACAAAAAGAAUAAGACGGAUAAAGCUAAAGGAAAGCUGUCGCCGUUUAAAAUACUUGGGAUUCAUGAGCUUGCGAAAGUGGCGAAGGAGAAGAUGAAGAACACUCCCAGUACGGAAUUUCCGACUGUUACUAUUGGAGAUCCUAUGGAGAUGUUGGAGGAAGAGAUGAAAAAAGAAAAGACGAAGGAAGAGAAGGGUGGUAAGGCUAAAAGUUCAGGAUCGGGGAGUGUUAUUGAGUAUAUUAAGAAUAAGAAAAUUUCUGGUCCUUUUGAGUUGGCUAAAGCCGCGAAAGCGAGAAAGGAAAAGGAGAAAGAGAAAGAAAAAGAAAAGGAGACGGAAAAGACGACAUCAAAGAAACCGGAACGUAGUGUAAGGUACAAAAGAUUCGGAAAGAAAGACCCAUCAGAUUAUUAUAUGCUGGAUCUGACCCAAACAGGAGACUCUGAUUUAGGAGACUUCAACCUACCCGGUAUGCCUGCAGUUUCUAACUACAUUGAAGAUGAGCCUUUGACGGAGUAUUUGGCGUACACUCUGCCCGACUUUGACGUAAACAAAGAAUCUGAUCACUCUGACCUGAACUCUGAGCAUACGACCCCGAUGUUCAUGGACGAUCCUACCGUGUCUAUGUUGACGAUCUACUCUGAUACAGUGUUAGCUCCAGAAACUAGUAAGCCACGGUUGAAAGCAUCUAUUUUGAGCCAUGAGGCUGUUGAGACGGAAGAUUCUAAUUUGCUAAAAGUUACAGAGGGGAUUCCAAGUAUGAGGAAAACUAAUCCUGCUGUUUUUGAAACAGAGACGUCCAUUUUGCUGGAGUUGGAGAUUGGACUCAUGACUGGAGCUCCAACGAAUCAGACUACGGUAGCAACUACUAUGUCUAGUACUACUGAUAGUACCAUUAGUUCUAUUACUGAUGCAAUCGUUGGGUUAACGAAAGAAAAUGAGACUGCGGAAUUCAUUGAAUGCAUGUCAGUUACUGAAUCUUCUACAGAAUCAACGACAACUGAGUCAACUUUAGAGACUGAAACCAGCAAAGCAACAGAAACAGAAACUACGACUCCUGAAACAACUAACACAACCGAAACGACUAGCACAACUUUGAUGACGACUUCGACUACCGUAGCAACAACAAAAAGUAUAUGCGAAAUCUCUAAAGAAGACCUUAUAAAACAGGGUGAAAAGCUGGAAAAACUCAUCCAAGACAUAGUUGAUAAGGAAAGAAAGCUGGACUAUGAAGAGGCCGACGCACGACAGCUUAUGCGAACCUGGGAAGACCAAAGAGAACGAUGUGGAUUUCUCUGGGAUCUCUUCUUUCCUAGACCACCUCCAAGACCUAGACCAACUAAACCUACCAAAAGACCACCUACGACUAUUGGUAGGUUAUGUACAAUCACUACUCCAGUCGUACCAAUUGAAGCUACUAAAAGUACUAUCAGUAAAGCUGAAGAAGAAGAAGAGGUGACAACUGCUUCUGUUUCACAGCUGACUGAAAGAGAAACAUCACCAACUGAAGGUCAUACUUUGAAAACAGAGUCUCCAAGUUUUAGCACAGAGUUUGUUUCGUUAAGAACAUCAACAUUAGUCACUCAAAAAACGUCGGCCACUGAAAAAUCGACAACAACGGAGCAUUUUUUAUCAUCGAUCACGAACAACGAAAGUUCUGCAUCUGUAAAAGAAUCACCAAGAUCAACAUUGCCAACUUCAACAAAUACUCCUAGUUCGUCUUCAUCACAGACGACGAGUGAAACUAGUGAAAAUUUGACAGAGUCUACGUCAGAAAUGGUUUUAACUUCAACUGCUCAAUCAUCAACAACAGGAUCUACGGUGUCUCCAAGUUCCAGUGUCUCAACAUCUAUUCCGACAACUUUAACUGGUGAAUCUUUUGUAACUUCUACAAUCAGUGAACCUGCAGUAAGCUCAACAGAAUUUUCUACGUCAGAAGAAAUUGGUGGUAAAGAAAAUUCUACUGUUUCUCCUCAAUCUUCAGUAACAACGGAAGCAUCUUCACUUGAAUCGAUUGGACUCUCGUCAACAUCUCCGACUUAUGAAACUACCAGCGCUACUGAAUCUUCGACAGUUGUAGAAUCUACAUCAAUUGCUGCAGAACAGUCGACGAAAUCUUUAACCUAUUCUUCAAUGUCUACAACUGAGAGUGAAACUGAACCGUCGACCAUGCAAGCUAUAUCAGCUGUUGAUGAAAUUGAAACGACAACUAGAGGCAAGACCAAAGGCAAAGGCGAUUUCUUUUGGUUCCCGCAUACAAAUCUCGUUACUCAAGCUCCUCCACAACCUAAACAUCUGAUUAAAACUACAACUCUGGUAUCUUCAACCGUUAACGCUGCUGAAUCUUCAACACUGAAAACUAGUCAAUCAUCAGAAGAACAAGCUGAAUCUUCAACACUGGAAACUAGUCAAUCAUCAGAAGAACAAGCUGAAUCUUCAACACUGGAAACUAGUCAAUCAUCAGAAGAACAAGCUGAAUCUUCAACACUGGAAACUAGUCAAUCAUCAGAAGAACAAGCUGAGACUUCAGAAUUAACUUCUUCAACAUUAAACGAAGCUUCUGGAUCAUUAUUCAGGUUUCCAGAGACUAGCAUAGUCACUGAAGUUUCUACAGACGCUGAGAGUUUAACUAAAUCUAUACCUGAGACUUUAUCCUCUUUAAAUGCUGAGUCUUCCACAAUUGAAGUCAGCAAAUCCUCAGAACAAACUGAAACCGCAGCAUCUAGUUCUUCGAGCACAUCAGAGAACGCUGCAUCAUCAGCAGUGACAUCAGCGUCCUUGGAAACUAGUCAAUCUUCCAAGAGUGUCGCAACAUCUAUAUUAUCUCCAAAUUCUACUCAAUCUUCAAAGUCAACUUCACAACAAAUUACUUCUCCAAUCGCUUCAACACCAUCAGUAGCAUCUAUGUCAUCUGUCAGUCUCACUGCUUCUAUUGCAGCCUCCAAUGGCACAAUCCUACAAAUGACUGGACCCCCCGGAUCGUCAACAACUGGAAUGGAAAGACCUGAAGGCAUUUUAGGAGAAAAACUUGAAGAACUGGAAAAAGAAGUAAACGAACGCGAGAAAGAAGUUGGUGAACUUGAGAAUCUACUAGAAAACCAAGAAGAAGAGUUUGAAGAGAAAACAGAAGAGUUGGAAGACUUGAUAAAGGCAUCGACUGAGAAGAAGUACACACUUCCAGGUGACCUUGAAAGCACCAGUACUUUAUCUCCUGAAGGAAUUCAGAUUGAAAGUGAAGAUUCUCGAUACGUUUACGAUCCUGAAGAAGAAGUUUGGCGUGAAAAGCUGGACAUAGUGGAUCCUGAAUACAACCAGACUUCGAUGGAGUAUGAAGACUGCACGAGCACGACAUUGAAUUCCCAAGCUGCGGGUCAGGAGACUCGUAGGGAGCGGAAACUUCUGGCUAUGCCUCCUAACUCUGUAACGGAGUCAAAAGAUUCUGAUCUUAAGGACAAAACGAUCAAACUGACUGUUCCAUCCUUCGUGCUCAAAGAUAACGAAUGGGUUAACCAAGACCAAGACCUAAAUCUUGCUAAGCCAGUCAUACCAAGGGACUUCAUUCAAGGUUACACUCGAGUCUAUCAGCAGUGGUACAAAGUUCCUCAGAAAAGCUUUACGCCGCGCAAGCAUGUAACCAAGCAAUCCUAUCAAGAAAUGAGUAAGAUGAUCGGUGAUUUUGAAAAUCGACGAAAUCGUGAACCGGAAAGUGGAUCAACUAAGCCGACUAUUUCUGCUGACAAAAAAUCAGAUUACCGAAGGCAGAAACGGGAUGAUGAUUACUACGGAGAUUGUGAUGAAGAUGAUUACAGUGAUGAUGAUUAUGAACCUGAUCCAAUCAUUACUCAACGAGCGAAGAAGUCUAGGAAGCAUGAUUCUAGAGUAAAUCUCAAGAAAGCAGAGAUUGCCAUGCUAGAAGACGAGAACGACGAAUUGAUCAAGAAGGAACAGUUGUUGAAGCAAAUUCAAGAAGCAUUGCAAAUAUCAAAGCAUGAAUUGCGUCGGGUGAAGUCUUCUAUUCUAAGUAAUGCAAUGCGAAAACGGGCUAAGCGUGACAUUGAUUUAAACGGAACAUCUAGUUCGUUUGUUACCGGGACUUUGAAUAGUUCUCUUGUUACUGACAGUGAUAGUACUUCUGAUAUUUUUGAGACUUCCAACUCUUCUUAUGUUUUUGAGAGUUCCAAUACUGGUGGUGUUUUUAAGACCUCCAAUACUUUCAAUAUUUCUGGAACCGUUGGUACUUCCACAACUCCAAUGCCAUCACCAACAGGAUUGAGCAGCUUCCCAGCAACUAAAACCAAUGAUACUGAAAACUACGUAACACGCAAGUCCAGUUAUACUGUUCAUGUGGUCCAUCUAGUCUAUGACGAUGACUUAGAAGGUCACAGAGUGAAACUAGUGAGUCCAAGUCAAGAAGAUUUGGUAAUCGAUGAAGGUCUAGUUAGUUCAGAAGAAACUAUCCCGAGCACCACAGAAUCAACUACUGACACCAUUGAAGAAUCGACGACUUCGUCAACUAUGUGUCCACCUUGCGGACAAACUGCUUCAAUGCCCUGGCCGACUGAAGCUCCUGAUAGGUAUCACAUUGGAGGUACCCAGUCUUGGCAUAAGGAAGUACCUGCUCCUUGUGUCCCGGUUAGAGUCGAGAAACGUAGAUCCGAACUGCGUGAUGGAUUCGUGGAUAAUUUGAGAAAAAACUUGGAACGGCAGCUCGAAAAGUCAGUUCUAUCGGGUAAGAACAGUUGGAAGUUUAAAUUUGGGCCAAACAGUUCAGAUAAUCGUGACUUAUUGAAGGAAACCAUGAAAGAGUUCAAUAUUUCUAAGACCGAAACUUCUACGGAGUUUUCAGUAGAUGCUCUGAAAAGAUGCUUGGAAACUUCCAAGAAUUAUCGUGCUAACAAAAGUUACGAGUCCGGUAACGAUAGUAUCUCAAUUCUGAAACUAGGUGGCCCAGAAUUGGAAGAGUCGAAUGAGUUGAUGUCACCAUCAGAGUUCUAUUGCAUCUACAAGUACGGUUUUUCACAAAAUGGCGAUUCUGUACCACGAAGACAUCUUCUUGCGGUCAAUCAUGGGUCAGUAAAAUCUAGAUUUGCUGGCAAACCAUUGAAGAAGACUUCGAAGCACCGGGUAUCGAAAAAAGAAAACAAAUACAAGUUGAAGAAAUCGGUUGGCAAAAAGAAGAAAUUGGGGAGCCAGAAAUCUGCUAAGCGCAGCAUCUUGGAUAACAUCAAGAAAGCCUUCAAUCACAUGAUAGGCAACGAUGCGACUUCUCCACCCGUACGAGUUGCCAAACAGUCCUUCAAACCAAAGCCAUAUCGGACAAAAGCUUAUCACGUGUCUUCUAAAUUAUAUGGACGGAAAAAAGGUAAGACCCAAAAACACAGGAUUCUGUUUCGUAAAUCCGUGGCCAAAAAGCCUAAGCGGAAGCAUAAAUACCAUAAAUUUUGGGUGAAAAUUGAUCCGAAGAACGUGAGACCUAGAGAAGUUAGAGAGUCGAAAGAACCGGAAUUGCGUAAGAAUAAUCAUGAUCAUCACAACAAGAAGAAAGUUCAUGCAGGAGUACCCAGUGGUCUUGAUAGCAGCAAGCUAGGAGUCUCUGAGAAGAUUUUGAUCUACGUGACUAGAAUAAAGAACUCCGAGAACUGCAGUCACGCGGUCAAGUCAAAGAGACAUCGUAAAUCAGCCCUCAGUGACUUGGAUUUCGAAGACUUGUACAAGGACAAGAAUCUGAACCGUCUGAUCUCCAGCUUCGCUGACCGAGUGGUGAAAUCUAUUGAAGGAUCUUCCAGAUCUCUUCGAGAAUUGGAUCCACGUUUGAGAGUAAAAGUUGUGAAAGGUUCAUCUGCUUAUAUAGAUCCUGAAGAAUUUGAUAGUUCAGAUUCCGAGUUUACCAUCGACAUGUCGGAUAUGAACGCCGAUUCUGACGCCAAGUACUUAAAGCGCUCGGGUAAGAAUUUAAUUUCACGAUUAGUUGGAAAAUCUGCCAGAAAAAUGAAUUUAGAGGAUGACUUUGGCAAGAAACGCAAAAAUUGGAUCAGAGAAGUCAAGCGGAACGAAAUCGUUCGAAAACUUAGGCAUAGAUUGCUGUCAGAGUUAGAAAAACGCAUGAAGUCUGAAAAAAUGAAAGACUUGAAGAAAAACGUAGAGUAUGAUAGCGCUAGUUUUGAUGAGCCCGUUAGGAGGAUCGACAAACUGGGAGAGAAGUUCAAAAUAAUGUACGCGAUGCAUAACAGUCCAAGGCAAGCUAUCAAAAGCUUCAGACGCAAAAGAAAUGACGCCAGUUCUUUGCUAGAAGGCGUUUACUUUGACAACCAGAAGGAUAAAAAGCUAAUGAAGGCGCUGAUUGAUCAGAUUUUUGAUGUCCAACGUGGAGUUAACACCACUCUGCAGAUAAUAAAACGACGGCUAGCUUCUCCAUCAGAUUUUGAUUCCAUGCGUGAUCGAAGGCUGGCAAAAAAAUCUGCCAAGAAAGUUAAGAAAAAAGCUCCGAAGAAGAAAGCUAAAAAGAGCGUUGGUCAUAAGAAGAAGUUAAAGUCUAAAUAUGACGCAGGUCAUAUGGAGGAAUUGAGAAAUGAUAUAGAGCAGAUUCUGAAGGAGGACACCAAAAGAAAGAAAAGAAACCUAGAAAGGUUUAAAAAACGAAAGAUUCUUUCUGUGGCGUAUGACUACGACGAAGAUGAUCAUUUUGAUAACACGGAAGAGACUGAAGUCAAGAUUAGGAAUGUCAAAAUAAAGUUCAAGGAUAAACAGCCCAAAGAGGUUAGGAAAGAACGGAGUAACAAACAGAACAUCAAGCAGAGGCUUCGUAGGAGAAAUUUUCAAGCUAACAAUGAUGUCGAUUGCUUGAAUUGCAUCUGUGACCUUGAAGCUAGCAUUCUGACCUUCAAGAGCAUGGUCUCCGAGAGACACAACCUGCUGGACAGAAUCGCGAGUUUCAAGUGCAAGAAGUUUAUAGACGUGGGAGACAAACUAGAGCUUGCGCCAUCUAGGGUCAUCGAGGAGAUUUAUCCUGCGCAGAAGAGCCUCGCGCAGGCCAAGGGGCUCAAGUACAUCCAGCUGACGGAUUUGGAGAAAGUUCUGCAGGCUGGAGAAGGCGUAGGCCGCGACCACGAGAUUCUGUCUUUCCCGGGCGUAGAUUUAGUGAUUCCUUGCAACAGAGAGGGUGGGUUCAACUGGAUGCUCAGUAUCAGCAAACCUAACUACACUUGGACUCGACAAGAUGACAUUCCUGUCUCUGGGACGGUUCAUAAGAACGGAAACCUGGAACUCAAUAGUCUGAGUAUCCAAGAUGCAGGAAACUACUCUUGUACUCUAACCUACGUGGAUCCAGACAACGAAGAAGUAGUCAAGCACAUCUACGAACAUGGCAUUCAAGUAGUCACGCUUCCGCGCUACUCUUUGCGCGGAGGUAAUCGCUACCGGGUUGGUAACUGUGAUGAAGAAGCUUUAGAGAUUCUAGCGACUUAUUUGCCCCAGAAGUUUAAUGGAAUUCUAUGCAAGCGCCAUCUUUGUGACACAUUUAUCUUCGCUCCGCAGUGUAAUGACCACGAAGCUACGAUCAAAGUCCUGGUUACUCUUUCUUCUUUGUCCAAGACUGUGCCGUUUUUGUCCAAGUGUGGUCUCAGGUGCCACAAAGCUAUCCAAGACAAACUGAUUUUGUUGCUGAGCCAGAAUCUCAGCACCAUCUUGACUAAAAACAUUGUUUUUAGAUUGUCCCAAGGGGGACGUCAAAUAUUGGAGCCCAUUUCCAGAGCAAGAUUCCAGAGAAAGAAAGACCAUCAUGAAGUUUUUGCCCGCGGCGCUGGCGUCGGGCUUCUGGUUGGCUGCCCUGCAGGUUAUGGGCUUAGUUCUAUUAACUGUGUUCCUUGCUCACCAGGGUUUCACAGCCAAGAUUUAUCACCGCAAUGUCAGAGGUGUCCAGUAGGAUCCUAUCAACCUAAUUUAGGAUCUAGAGUUUGUAGGUUAUGCACUAACCCGUUUAUUGAUGGCUGUUAUGAUAUGCUAUGGACUUCGCCAAUAACUCUGGGUACUUUUUCUGUAGUUAUGAUUAUUUUGGUUAUCGGGCUGAUUCUUUGCAUAACAAUAUCCUGCGUACGGAAAGACAAAGACAGGGACAAAUGUUUGAUAAUUAACAACGAAUCACGGAAGCCGUUAAUUAGUUCUCGGAAUAACGAAGAUCGUGCUUGGAGGAAAAAAGUUGAUUACAAAAAUGAGAAAAGUGAACGACCUUUUGUUUAUGGUGUUGAUGUAAUUCCAAAUAGAAAAAAAACUAAAAUUGAAGCAAAAAGAAGAGAAACUUUAACUUGCGCUGAUUCUGAUAGUAUCGAUUGUCUUGAGUGUAAAAAAUUAAAUUCACAAAAUUAUGGCUCAAAAAAAAAUCCUAGACCUCCAGUACCGUACCCAGAUUUUGAUAAAUAAAAAAAAAAAAAAAAAGAUACAAAAAUAAAACAAAAACAAUGAAUUACUGGUUUAGAUUAAAUGAUUAAGGAUUCAAUACUUCUAAGCUAUAAUUUACUUAUCCUAAGGAAUUUUAUUUUACGAGUAUUAAUGUAUUAUUAUGAUUACUUAAUAAAUAUACAAUAAU